AUGGCGCAACAUAUGUGCCAAUUUGAUGGGGUUCAAAAUGAAGACCCAUAUGCUCAUAUAUCAAGUUUCUUGCAGAUCUGUGAUACUUUCAAGGCAAACAACAUGUCUGAGGAUGUGAUUCGCCUAAGACUCUUUUCAUUCUCAGCUUCCAAAAGGAACAAACCAGUCAAGGCUGUCCACAUAUAUGAGGUUGAUGCCCUAACUACAUUGGAGGCUCAGGUGGAAGCCAUAUCAAAGAGGUUAAACACAUUGCAAGUACAACCACAAAGCCCAGUGAUGAGUUGUGAGUAUUGGGAUAAUGAAGAAGGGCCUAGUUCUCCUUCUUCUAAUGGGAAUGCUAGCACAGAACAAGUUGAUUAUGUGGGUUAG